AACGACGACGACGGCGACGACGACGACGACGACGACGACGACGACGACGACGACGAGGACGUCGACGAGGACGUCGACGAGGACGUCGACGAGGACGUCGACGAGAAAGACGACGAUCACGUCGGCGACGAGGAAAAGGCCAAGGAAGAAACCGAGAAGAGGACGACUCGGUCAUCGCGAGAAUGUCCAGCGUCGUCGAGGUAAGGAUUCUGUGGAAGCCGGCCACGCAGAUCAGCCGGCAAGCGAGUUGGGGAUGCGUCGUCGAGUAAGAACGAACUUAUAAGAGAUAAAGGAAACGGAGGAAGGAGAAAUAAGGGAGAGCUACAGAAAGGAGAAAUAUCCUCUCCGCGUCUCCUAUACAACGGCAUCGAAAUAAUAAUAUCUACAUUCCCGUUAUAUAUACGUAUACUGUGUCGUCCCUCGUCGUCUCUCUCUCUCUCUCCGCGCGUCAUCUUCCCGAUUCUCUUGGUGAGCCUUCGUUGUCGGAGGGACGAGAUUUGCUCGAGGUGUUAAAAGAGAAACGUCGAUGCGACGAACGAGAUCGUUAAGAUGUGAAAGUCAACUCGAAAGAAAUCCUUUUCUUUAUUAAAAGAAAAAUUAAAAGAAGAGAAAAAAAAGGUAGACAAAGGAAGGAGAAUGAAUCUCUGGAAAUUGGUGUUUCAGUGAAGGAAUCUGUUUGUUCGUCGCGACGCAUUAUCACGAUUAACGAAUGACUAAUCGAGAGUACUACUCGUGUCGGUGGUCACGCGUUCAAUGAUUGCUCGUCGUAGUAUAAAACUCACACAUUUUAUUUCGUGAUGAGAGUGGUAAUAAACAUUCGAGGGUGAAUCAUCCAGUGUUUCGAGAAAAAAUUUCGUGAGUGAGAGUGAGGACGAAACUGGGAAAGGAUUACUGACACGCGUAAUAUCCCUAAUUGCGAGAGGAAAAGUUGGAAAAAGGAAGAAAAAAGAGAGAAAGGAAGAGGAAAGCAAGAGCGAGAGAGAGAGAGAGAGAGAGAGAGAGAGAGAGAAGAGGAGAGGCUUCGAGAGGGAGCAAGACGGAGGUUGGAAGGCGGGGCGGGUGGGAGGGCGGGAGGGAGGGUGAGUCGCGGACAGGACGCAGAGAGGCGCCGGGUCAACGCGCCAGGUAGCAACGCCUCAGGACAGCCGUCGACGUCGUCCUUGCCGUCGUCCUUGCCGUCGUCUCUGCCGUUGUCCUUGUCGCAGCCUUCGAGGCCGACUUGGCCGUCAUCGUUCGCGGCCAGGAAGCGUACACUUGCACACACACAUACACACACACACACACACACACACACACACUCAUACGCGCGCGUAAGCACGCAAAGACACAGAAACACGUACGACCGCACACACAACAAUACACACUACAUCCGCUUUCUAUUUUACAAAGAUACGUACACGUACUUACACGACCCUCGCACGCGUUACAUAGGGAAACGAGGUAAAAUCGGCGGCGAACAUGAGGUCCUUAAACGCAGCAUCCUGGAGCUUCGUCUUUCUCGCGGCCACGGUGGCUUUGCUGCCUGCCACUCAUUGGGCACCCUUCGCGCACGCUGCAACCGGCGGCGGUAGUAUGCUGGGGGACGUCAACAUCUCAGCGAUACUGGACUCCUUUUCCGUCAGUUACGAUAAAAGAGUAAGGCCGAACUACGGAGGUCCGCCCGUGGAAGUCGGAGUCACCAUGUAUGUCCUCAGCAUCAGCUCCGUGUCCGAAGUGUUGAUGGACUUUACGUUGGAUUUUUACUUUCGACAAUUCUGGACGGAUCCACGACUCGCCUUCACGCAACAAAAAGGCGUCGAGACGCUCAGCGUCGGUUCUGAGUUCAUCAAGAACAUCUGGGUACCGGAUACGUUCUUCGUGAACGAGAAGCAGUCCUACUUUCACAUCGCUACCACCAGCAACGAGUUCAUUCGUAUUCACCAUUCCGGGAGCAUCACACGUAGCAUACGCUUAACGAUUACGGCAUCGUGUCCAAUGAACUUACAAUACUUCCCGAUGGAUCGUCAACUCUGUCAUAUCGAGAUCGAGAGCUUUGGAUACACAAUGCGCGAUAUUCGGUACAAAUGGAACGCCGGCCUACUGUCGGUCGGCAUCUCGAACGAGGUGGAACUACCGCAGUUUCGCGUGCUCGGUCACAGGCAACGACAGACAACCAUACACCUAUCUACAGUCGGAUACACGAUGAGGGACAUCCGGUACAAGUGGAACGAGGGUGCUGACAGCGUCGGUGUCAGCAACGAGGUCUCCCUCCCACAGUUCAAGGUCCUCGGGCAUAGGCAGCGAGCUAUGGAGAUUAGUCUUACCACCGGAAAUUACUCGCGGCUGGCCUGCGAGAUCCAGUUCGUACGGUCGAUGGGCUACUACCUGAUCCAGAUCUACAUACCCUCCGGGUUGAUCGUCAUAAUAUCGUGGGUGAGCUUUUGGCUAAACCGAAACGCGACCCCCGCUCGGGUGGCCCUCGGAGUAACCACUGUGCUCACUAUGACGACCCUAAUGUCCUCGACGAACGCGGCGCUACCAAAGAUCUCCUACGUCAAGUCCAUCGACGUCUAUCUGGGCACCUGCUUCGUCAUGGUCUUUGCCUCGUUGCUCGAAUACGCCACGGUGGGUUACAUGGCAAAGAGGAUUCAAAUGCGGAAGAACCGCUUCCAGAAGAUAGCGGAAAGCAUGAAAGCGGCGAGGGAAAAUCCAGGACCACCGGGUGUACCCGGUGAUCAUGGUGAUCACGCUCCUAAGCAAACUUGGUCCCGUGUUGUCCAGGAGGUGCGGUUCAAGGUGCACGACCCGAAGGCACACAGCAAAGGUGGCACGCUCGAAAACACCAUUAAUGGCCGGGCCGACGAGGAAGCUCCGCCUGCACCACAACAUCUCAUUCAUCCUGGCAAAGAUAUUAGCAAACUUUAUGGCAUAACGCCAUCAGACAUCGACAAGUAUUCCCGCAUCGUAUUCCCGGUGUGCUUCGUUUGCUUCAACCUGAUGUACUGGGUCAUUUACCUGCAUAUAAGUGACGUAGUCGCGGACGACCUGGUGCUGUUGAAGGAGGCGAAGUAGAGCACGGGGACGUCGGCUGCUGUAUCGCGGCUCGUAGCGACGAAAGAACGGAUGAAGAGGAAAAGAAAGAUGAAGGAAACUCGCACGAAAGGACGAGCACGGAAGGACGAAAGCGAAAUAAAAAAAAAAGAACAAACGAAAUACGUGCUCGGACGAGUGCGAGUUCGUCAACGGCCAUUUCCUCUCGUACUGGUACGAAAUCCAGAAUCCGUUCUCGUCGCAUCGAAUCGACGUUACUUAUUUGAACUCUUUCAUAUUACGAACUAUUCAAAACGCACGACGCGCGAUACGUGAAAAACGCGCUUACUUAUAUCGCGAUGAUAUACAUUAACGAUAACGAAGAACGAAAGUGGUGCGAACGAGAUAAUUGCUCGAAUUGAAGAUUAACACAAAAGAGAAAGAAGAAAUUCAAUAUAAAAAAGGGACGAUCUUUCGAGCAAGUGGAAAUGCGUCGUACUAGGCGCGAUCAUUAAUAUACCUUAAACAUUGCCAGUUUAGGUAAUUCUUUAGGUCUUAAUAAGGAGACCUUCCAUAUACAUAUACAUACAUACAUAUAUAUAUAUAUGUAUAUAUAUAUACGUAUAUAUAUAUAUAUGUAUAUAUAUAUAUGUAUAUGUAUAUAUAUGUAUACAUAUAUAUAUAUAUAUAUAUAUAUAUAUAUAUAUAUAUAUAUAUAUAACAAAUUUGUCAAUUUAGCUACUAUUAAAAAAUAGAAAAGUUAAUUAAUGAUAAAACAAAGAAAAAGAGAAAGACGAAAAAAGCUUCAAAUAUCGUCGGCUCGGAGCAACGCGUCGACGUACAGAAACAACUUCAGAGAGAUCUAGAAGGGGAGAUCGAAGAUCGGAGAUCAAGACAUUCGAACGUCGAUUUCGCGACGACAUCGCUGCUGGCUCUCGGAGGGAAGAAUGAAGAAGAGGUAGCUACUACAAAUUCAUAGAAUACACACACACAUAAUUAUAAAUACAUGAUAUAAAAAAAGUUACGGUGCGAGCGAGUCAACGCGAGUGUCUUUUUGCGAAUAUGCAAAGAAGACAAACGUUAACGGAGCGAGGGAUAAAAAGAAUAUACAUGUAAAUAAUUAAUCUCGUCGGUGAUCGGUCGCACAAUUCGUAUUAUUGUUUUAUGUGACUAUAUACUUUUAUUGCAUUUGUACACUCAGCAUUCCAUCAAAUAAACCGAUUUUUCGCGAUCACCUCAAUCGCCUGCUUUCUCAUAAAAUUGGAUAGAAAUCGAAUCACUUAUUACUAUCCGACUCGACAUUUUCCUUUCAUUCAUUUAACUAUACGCAGUAAUGCAUAAAGAAACGAAAGAAAAAAAAAAGUCAUUGGAAAGAACGCAAUUCCUUUAGUCGAGAUGCCUCUUUUCUACUACCCCUCGCCACACUCGGAAACUCCUGUACCUCUAGUAUGUUUUCUCAGAGUUAAUUAAUGAUGAUUGUAUGCCGUUCCACUUCCUUCUUUUCGACUCUCCAUCCUUCCUCCGCUCGCCUUUUUCUACUUCGUUCGAGAGAACAUGCAGAGUAGCGCGUAUACGCACUCACAUAUACAUUAACGUGUAUGCGCCAAUGGAAAAAAGAGAGACAAACGUGGAAAGGCGUGCGCACAAGGAGAGGGAAGAGAGAGAGAGAGAGAGAGAGAGAGAGAGAGAGAGAGUCGCCAAUUCAGUAAUCUACGUGCACUCUCCCUUCUCUCUCUUUCUUUUUCGCUCCUGCUGUUUUCCACUUUUUCCAGCCCUUACACUCUUUCUAUAUAUUCAUCUCUCUCGAUCCACAAGGGGUAGGUAGCUGGCUGCAGCCUGGGUCGUGGAAGCUUGCCAUUCAGGAUAUCGACCAGCUGACACGCCCAGCCUUCCCCCGGUCUUCCCCUUCGCUCCAUCCCUCUCUUUCUAUCCUCUCCAUCUACAUAACGUUCUAUCCUUCUCUCUCGCUCUUUCUCUUCUUCGGGGCGCCCUACACCCUCCACAACCUUCCUUCGCGAUCACCAAACAGUUCAUUUGCCAAACGCUCCUACCAGUCGUGCAUUUAAUAAGGCAUCCUUUGUUCUUGUGUACCUUACGAGAAAGAAAAAGAAAAAGAAAUAAAGGGGAGGAGAGAGGGAGAGAGAGGGAGGAUGCGUUCCUUCUCUGUCGACAUUCGAUACAAGUAUUCGAAAAAAACGACCGUAAAGUGGUAAAUGUAUGAUUAACAGAAUCUUUAACAUUACAUUUGGGAUCUGAAUUAUUAUUUUUGAUCAAUAUGCGGUACGUAUUAAAUUGCUUCAUUAAUUGGCAAUUAAUUGUUGGAUGAAAUGAAUGAAUCGCGACCGAUCGUCGAAUACGAUUGUGAAAAAUUAUCUUCGACGUAGAAAUAUACUAUUUUGUUCCCUCUUUGAUGAUUUUCCAAUUCCUUCGCCCGUCCAAACUCGCAUCGUUCUCGAGAUAUUAAUGAAUUUUUGCGAAUUCGUUUCUCGGACAAAAAGAUCUCGGAGUCAAUAGAAAAGCAGAGCGCGAUGCUUUGAACGUUAGAACGAUAGAACGAGGGUUGAUAACGAUCGCCCAGGUAAUUAACGAGUCGGCCGAAUUAUCGUCGCGCGAUAAGAAAGGCGGUCAAAUAAUCGAUAUAUCAAGACGCGUAUUACCACGGCCGAGCACGUUGUCGGAGAAUACGAGAGGUAGCUAACUUAGUUUCUACCUCCUUUAAGAAAAAAAAGAAACAAAAGAAAAGAAAAAGAAAAAAGAGGAAGGAAAAAAAAGAAAAAAGAAAAUGGCAAGAGAAAACACACAUAACUCAUCUUUUAUACUUUUUCUCCGCUAACAGUAAGCGUGUAACGAAAAAUCUCCACUCGACGUGCUCCGCGCGGGUGUUCAAAGGAGAAAGGAAAAAAUCGAUCGAUCGAUUCGCCGACCAAAUACAACGAGCAAAAAAGACGAAACACAUCCUUUGAUCCCCCUGCGUUCGUUUCUUUCACAUAACGCGUAUUAUAAUAAUAAUGAAAUUAUAUAAAUAUCGACACACACUUCCACGUCCGCCCCACCGGAAGCAUUAUAUACAUACAAUUUAUAUAAUCGUAUACUCGCGUUAUCCGCGUUAACAAGUCUUUAAGGAAGAAGAAAAAGAGGGAGGAGGGUGGGAUAGAGAGAGAGAGAGAGAGAGAGAGAGGUAGAUCGAGAGGAGAAGAAGGAACCUUAGCGAUAUAAGUCUAUACAUAUAACGAUUUAGGUGCAUUUAUUCAUACGUAUAUUUAUCGCGUAUGCAUACAUGCGUAUCUCACGCGUUUCUACGCAUAUAUAUAUAUAUAUAUAUGUAUAUGUAUAUGUAUAUAUACAUAUAUGCGUCUUAUAUAUUACGUGUGCCUAUAUUAUUUAUUACGUUUGAGAUUUUAAAGGGCCAUGGACGUACGAGAAGGGAGGAAAUUUUGUCCGUUGUCCAGAACGUAUCGAGCAUCUUAUUUUAAACAAAUCGUCCCGAUGAGACGAGAAUUUGUCGUUCCUUUCGAGAACUCGGCCGCCUACUGUCGGACAAGAGUGUCGAAAUAUCCCUUUGUACAUGAUCCUAUUUUCUAUGCUGAUAACAGACAACGGAGUUCACGGAAAGAACGGACGAAUCUCGUCAAAGCCGGACGAUAAUUCAAAAAAGAUUAAAUGGACGAUAUUCGUGAAAAGAUUAAAUCGCGCACGCUUUCAAUUAAACGUUCGUCAUUAAAAUUAAGUCGAUCUUACGAGCGCUCCUUAAUUAAUACUUCACAGCUUUCCUUUCAACCGUCUAAUUAUGACAAUCUCGUGGCACGAACGCGAUUAAACGAAUUCGUAACCUUUCGGAGUUUUACUCCUAUUUACAUAGAAACUCGAUUUCGCAUGAACGCUUCAACGACUGUUAACUUCAACUUUUAACGGUUAAAAGAAGAUUAUGAAGCUAGGUAAGAAGAAUUAUAUCGCAUUGAUGGAAAUUCGAAGGUUAAUUAUUCGUCUUUAAUUAAUAGUCGUAAAGCAUAACUACCUAUUUAUUCGCUUAUAUUCUCGUUUGCUCGUGGCCCCAUCGUUUAUUAUGAACAUAAUUAUUACCUUUAUUGUAUAGAAAUAAAUCAAAUAUAUAUAAAUGUUUUAAACAAAGAAAAAAGAGAAAAGAAAAAGAGACCUCUGUCCUCUGGCAGGAUAUAAAUUUAUGUUAUCGGCGGGAAUCUAUAUAUUACAAGUUAUUAUUGUUCUAUUCUUAACAUUAUUAUGAUUAUUAACAUUAUCAAUAUAUUAAUAUAUUAAUAUGUUGUGAAAAUAAAUAUCGUUGGAAACUCGAAGAGCAGGACGAAGGUGCUGUAAACUCGAAAUAUAUUAAAAAAAAAAAAAAAAAAAAAAAAAAAGUAAAAAGAUGAGUGAACGCGAGGGGAUAGGCAAGGAGAUAGAAAUUAUUAUUACUGAUACAAAUCGAUCACCUUGUAAAUACGAGUUUUAUACAGAGCAUUGUAUUCGUUCACCAAAAAAAGAGGAGCAAAAAAAUUACGAGAGAGAGAGAGAGAGAGAGAGCGUACCUAUUACAAAGUAAUAUAUAAAAUACACAUACACACAUUACAUAUACACAUACGAUAUAUAUAUAUAUAUAUAUAUAUAUAUAUAUAUAUGUAUAUUAUGUAUUAUAUAUAAGUAUACACACACACACACACACACACACACACACACACACACCAAAAUGUAGUGCACACGAGAUUGUGACUGUUCGCACGUACUUACGUAAAUCAUUUAAGAAUAAGCAAACAAAAAUGAUAUAAAUAAAUAGGAAGUAUAGGCAGAAAGAUAAUAAACCAAAAGUAAAUUAGAAGAACAUUGGGGGAUCAAAGCCGACACGCAUGUUCACUCGUUCGUUCGUUCGUUCGUUUCUUAGUUAUAGAAGAGAAUGAGAGAAAGAGGGGAGCCGGAUAAAUUUCGAAAGGCGGUCGUUCGUCAUAAUCGAUUUUAUCCUAUCGAUUAAUUAAAGAGGCAAUCGAUUAGCUUAAAUUACUUAUCGGAAACAAAUAAAUAGAAGGAAAAAGAAAGAAAAGAUGGCUACGGCCGGUUCGGUCAUUGAAAUUAAAGAUGAGACGGUACGAAUCGCGUUACAAACGAAAACUGCCAACUUUCUAAUACAAUAUACGUUUUAAUCAAUCGCGGCUACGCGACGUUAUAAACGGGAAAGAAAGAAAAAAGAUAAAAAAAAGAGUGAUAAGAAAAGAAGACGCUUACGAAAGGCGCGGAAAAGACGAUGAUAAUAGCAUUGUUUUAAAGAAAUUCUGUUGUUCUCUUUUUUUCUUUUCUUUUUUUUUUCUUGUUUUUUUCUUUUUUUUUUUUUGUCGUUCUUCUUUGCAAGAGAUGUACUUACAUAUGCAAUACAAUGACUGGAAGGUUAAAACUCGAGAAACGACUAUUUACAUGUCCUUUUCCUUUUUCCUUUCUCAAGAACUUUAAUUUCAUUAAAAUGAUGAAAUAUGAAGCCGACAUACGUACUCUUCACGCGAGUACAACUUCGAUCUCGAAUAAACGUACGCGUGUAAACGUUCAAUCGAGAUCGAGGAAUCGAAGCCUUUUCCGUCGCUCGUCCUGCCAGAGGAAAAAAUCGGAUCUCGAUCCCCGAAAUCCCCGCGUAAAGGAAAAAAAUAUUUAUGAAACCGUGCGUAGCUCCGACCGAAGAGGAACGAAAGUACGACGAUAUUGCGCGACGAGUCGUCUCGACGAGAGUACCAAAUUCUAAAACUGUAAACUUUAAAUAAUAACGCUGAUGCAUUAUAUUGUAGAAACGUAUUCUACGAUCGUAAAAAAUAAGAUAAAAGUGACAGUGUAGGUACACAAUGAACAUACAUACGCAGCCACAGAAAAAACACGCAUACAUAUACGUACAUGUAUACACGUAAGGAGACAUGCGUUUACGAAAGUGAAAAGAAAAAAAAGAAAAAAAAGAAAACUAGAGAGAGGGAGAAAGAAAAAGGAAAAAAAAAUAAGAAGGAAACUGAGUGUGCGCACGUUUCAUACGCACAACACACAAACUAAUACACAACACAACGCACAUUACUCGAAGAAACACACGAAUACUCCCGUAGGUCGGGCGAUUACUAUCUCGAAGCGUUUAUAUAUAAUUAAUUAUAUAUUAUGUUACUUUUACUGGCACUCGGUAGAUAUAGGUAUACCGUUAACGUAUACCUAUACUAUCCGAUACACUCUUACGUGGCAGUAACGCCGACUUAUAUGACAAAGGAAAACGGGAGAGAAAGAAGGAAAAAAAAAGGAUAGACGAGGGACGAAGAAAGUUAAGUAGAAAGAAUGUAAAGAGAAUAUGUAUAACAAAAAAAUAUAGCGAUCGAGCGAGUGAGAAAGAUAAUUUAAGUAAAAAAAUCGAACAACGUGCGAAAGAAAAACGCGUUGCGCUUAUGCGGAAAAGAGCGUCAAAAAGUGCGAGAAUAUAAAUAAAAUAUACAUAAAUAAAAAAGUAAAUAAAUAAAUUAAAACCUAGAUUAGCGCGUAGACAUAUAGAUUCGAAAUAACCGAAUGAUCGAAGAUUAAAAAGAAAAUAAAAAAGGAAAAGAAAGAAGGAGAAGAGACGGAGGACAAAGUCGAGAGUGAAAAGAGUGACUGAAGGUGUGCUAGAAGAGGAUACGCUAUUCCGAGGAGCGCGUGCGUGUGUGUUUCUGUGCGUGGCUGCUGAGUUUUGCAUGAGUGUGUGCAUCCACUGUGGUUCGUAUCUUAAGCGGAAGUUCCUGUUCCUCGAAAUGGCGAAGAAAGAGAAGGAAAAGGAAAGGGAAAAAAUGCGAUGGAGAGAGAGAGAGAGGACGAAGGCUAAAAAAAAAAAAGGAAAAAAAAAGAAAUAAAUACGAGAUCGACCCUCGUCAUAGACGAAGAAUCAAACGCGAUUGCGAAUCAGGCCGAGGAAGAGCGUCUUCUUGUCCCUCCCACCUGUCAAAAUCGUAUAUCGGUGCGUGCCUGAUCGAAUAUUUCGAGGAAAUCGAUUAGCGUCAAAGCGCGAAAUAUCGUAGCUUCGAUUCCGAGAUAGGACACGAGGAAAUCACUUAUUUUUCAUAAUUAUUUCUUACCAACGUCGAUUCUUCAAAGAUCGAACGUCUUCUCGUGUUCUAUUAUGGAUCAUCGAAAACAAUGAUAUUCUACGUGCUCACUCGAUCGAUACUUUCCGACAAUCGGAAAGAAUAUCUAUAGUACGUACGUGCGUACACACAUACACACAUAUGCAUAACCUACGGCAGAAUUCUUUUACGAUUUAGUCAUGCGUCAUUAAUAUCAUUUUUUGUAAUGUCCGAAUAAAACUAUAAUAUAAAUAUAUUAUAGUCGAAGAUAAAGUUACACCGAUAAUUAAUUAUCGGUUCAUUCGUUUAACGAUAAUCAUUGUGUAUGUUGUGUGAGGUGUACAAUGCAGCAAACGCGCGAACGUUAUUACGAGACCUCCGAUUAUAGUUCUCUCUUCUUUUAUAUUUCGAUAAUCAUAUUUCGUUCCACGUCGUCUCGUCGUCUCGGCGUUCGCUGAACGCUAGAUAGAAUCUUUUCCUUGAAAGAUCGAUCUGCAUUAGUGCUGCCAUACGUUAGACAAGUAGUCUCGUUGGAUCCCGAAGAAGUAUUUUAUGAGAAACGGUAGCGGCAAUAUCGAUGCAUUUAUCGACAAGAAAAAUCAUUCGAGCAUAUAAAAAUUAUUGAAAAAUAUAUCGAUAUUAUGAUAUCGAUGUUAAUACCUAUUAAUCGAGAAAUAUAAUCAAUUUAAAAAUAAAUUCAGUUUUUUUUUCACAUUCCAUUAUUCCAUUAUUUUACAAUCUUUCUUAACUUUUGCUUCUGUUUGACCUGCUCUCUGUCUCGCCUCGGUACAUUCAUUUCGCUAAUAGAUUUUCUUUUUGAUUAUUAUUACAUUUCCGUAAGCGCAUAUUUUUCUAAAUUUUUCUUCGAGCGACUUUCACGGUCCUACGAGAUUUUCAAAAGCUACAAAGAAUAUCUCUAUUUUCGCGCGUAUGCCUUCGCACUGAACAAAGUAAAAAGCAUGUAAACUGUCCUUCAGCGAGUUUGCGAGCGCGACGAAAAAGGAUAUGUUGUAAUAUAUAUAAUCGAGUCAAGGGAAGGACGAAAGACGAGACGUAAAAAGCGAUGGGUAACGAAUGUGUCUAAUGCAUGCGUCCGCGCGUGAAUGUACUUGUGAGUACGAGUGUAUACGUGGUAUCAACGAUGCGCGCGCGCGCGCGCGCGAGCGAGAGGGAGAGAGAGAGAGAGAGAGAGAGACACGGCGCAUUAAGUUAACACACAAGGCAUAAAGUACGUCGUAACUGGAACGCUUUCGUUGACUGCCAAGGAAAGAAUGAAAAACUCGAGGGUUGUAAGUCAUGAGAAAAAUAAUAAAAGAUAAGGAAAAAGAACAGACAUGAAAUGUAGGAAGAGAAGCGAAAAAGGGCAGAGGCUCUCCCAGUUACUUGCUCACUGAAAUAAUAUUCUAAAUAACGUUCGUACGCGACAAAAAUCUAGAUAUACAUCGGUAUAAAGCGAUAUUAAUUUACGUACAAAUAAGUAUCGAGACGUAAAAAAAAAAAAAAAAAAAGAAAAAAAGAAAAAAGAAAAUAAGAAAAAGAAAAGAAGGAAAGGUGAACAAGAGAAAAUAAUGAAUAAGCAGGCGUUGACAUUGACGCGCGCACGUUACAAACGAAAUCGAAUAGUAGUAAAGAAUUUCAUGGUUUACCAAGAACAAGAAAAUACGUAUAUUCCUAAGAUCGUUAGAUAAAAACUUAGAAUAAUUAAUAUCGUUCAUUUAAAACAUUUACGUAAAUAGUAUGUCAUUUUCAAUGAAAGUCGUCACAAAUUAAGAGUAAGAAAGAAAAGAAUUCUUUAAUGAUAAAUACAGUCGAAAUUGCACUUAUUUCCCGGCUUUAAAUUCGAAAGGGUAAACAAACUCGUGUGAAUAUCGAUUUGGUCAAUAAACUUACGUACGAUUUUUAAUUUGUCCGCAAUACCAAACCUAUUCUUAACGAUAACAACGUCAGUGUGAAUCGAACGAAUUGAUGUCGAUUCGUUCGGAUGCCUAAAUCGAUACGAUUUUGAAAGAGCGUAACUCGAAAUCUUUAAUGACCUGCCGAACGAAUAAAAAUGAAAAGAAAUGAAAUGUUGAAGGUGCGCGCGUAAUUGUCCAAAUCGUGCUUGCUUAAUGGAAUACGAAUUCUAUUUAUAAAAACGCUGUACAUUGCGAAGGCGUAUAAUUAACAGCGAAACGUAUAUAUGACUUGUAAGGAAACGAAUGAUAUAAAAAUAAAGAAAUAUCAAGAGAGAGAGAGAGAGAGAGAGAGAGAGAGAGAGAGAGAGAGAGAGAGAACGAAGAAAGAAAACAAGAUGAGAUCGAGAUCAGCAGUGGUACAUUAUUCACUGUUACAUAAAAAAGGAAAAAAAAAAGAAACAAAGUGUAACACAAAAACGUAUCGUUGCAUGAUCGAUAUACCUAAAGAAUUAUUACUACGUGAUACGUCAUUAUUAUGUAAAGUUUUUAUUGAGUGAGUAAAAUUAUGUUAUCGAUGAA